CUCUCUCUCACACACACACAUUAGCUCCAGGGGAAGCUAGUUUCACGCUGGCUGCUGGAUCUGCAGUCUGUGCGGUGCGCAAUCACCAAAACCACCUGUGCGGCUCCCGCGCUUCUCUUUACGGAAUAUUCACGCGCAUUCACCGGAAUCUUUAAGUGCUGGAGAUGCUCUCCUCAUCCUUUGGGAAUGUUUGAAUGAGGAGAAUCGGACCUGCUUGCACGUGAUUGAAUUUGUGCGCGUUUUUCUGAGGAGCAGAUUACAACAUGGACUAAUUUGAUCAUUCACAAUGGGAUUAUUGCAGUUUUUUGUUGGAUUAUUUUACGUGGCAUCAGUCGCUGCAUUCGGCGUGGAUCCAGCGGUUCGGAUCAGCGUGUUCCAGGAAUUCAGUCCGGGAAAAGGGUUUGCUGGAGUGACACAGGUGCAAGGCUUCCAUGACGAUACGAGAGCGUUCCUGUUUCAAGGUGCGUCCCGUAGCGUGAGAGUCCCCGAUGACGCCGCUGGCCGCAUGCUGCAGAAACUGCGCGGGAAGAGCGAGUUCACCGUUGCACUGACGCUCAAGCAAGAGAAACUGAACUCUGGAGUUAUACUGUCCGUGCAUCACGCAGAACAGAGAUUGUUGGAAUUGGAGAGUAGCGGGCAGAAGAGUGAGCUGCGUCUUCAUUUCCAGACGAAAGAUAAGCAAACGUACACAGAGAUUUUCCCGUACAUGCUCGCCGACGACCAGUGGCACAAAGUCUCGGUGGCCAUCAGUGCUUCACAUGUGGCGCUCUAUGUAGACUGCAACAGAAUCUAUGAGCGAGUGAUAGCGGUUCCUCUAAUGGAAAUACCAGAGGACGCCUCGUUCUGGGUGGGACAGAGGAACAGUGCACAUGGCUUAUUCAAGGGUGUGAUGCAAGACAUGCAGAUUCUUGUAAUGCCUCACGGAUACAUCACGCAAUGCCCCGACCUGAACCGCACCUGCCCGACCUGUAAUGACUUCCAUGGACUCGUGCAGAAGAUCAUGGAGCUGCAGGAUAUCUUAGCUAAAACCUCCAGCAAGUUGUCUCUGGCCGAGGAGAAGAUGAAGGGUUUGGACUCGUGUUAUUGUGAGAGAACGUGUCACGUGAAGGGACUGACCUACAGAGAAGAGCAGACAUGGACUGACGGCUGCAAGAACUGCACGUGCUCGAAUGGAACUGUCCGCUGUGAGAAGAUUCUGUGUUCCCCCCUCGACUGUCCUGAUGGUACGACCCCAGCAUACGUGACAGGAGCCUGCUGUAAAGAGUGCCAGUCGAUGUGUCUGUUUUCGGAGCAGACGCUGGUGGAGGGAGACCGUUGCGCGGUUCAUCAUCCCAGCGGACUCCAGUGCCAGCUGUACGAAUGCAGGGAUCGUACAAUGCACAGAAUCCCAAACGCAGACGACUGCCCGCAGCUCACAUGCGCUGAUGCCGAACAGCUGACGCUUACAGACAGAUGCUGCAGAGUCUGCAGAGGUCACGACUUCUGCGGCGAGGACAACGUCUGCGCAGAGAACUCCGACUGCGUGAACUUGGACGCCGGCGCGAGCUGCAGCUGCAGGAACGGGUUCCGCCCACUCCGCGAGGACAGUGCAUACUGCGAAGAUAUCGACGAGUGUGCGGAGGGGAGACACUACUGCCGCGAGAACACUCAGUGUGUGAACACCGGCGGAUCCUUCAUGUGUAUCUGUCACACUGGAUUCAUCCGCAUCGACGAUUACUCCUGCACAGAGCAUGAUGAGUGUGUGUCCGGGCAGAACAGUUGCGAUGAGAACGCGUUGUGUUUUAACACUGUCGGUGGGCACAGCUGCUCCUGUAAACCCGGAUUCACAGGAAACGGUACCACCUGUAGAGCCCUCUGUGAUGGACGCUGUCUCAACGGCGGCACGUGCUCUUCUCCAAACAUCUGCGUGUGCCCGCAGGGCUUCACUGGACAAAACUGUGAGACAGAUAUCGACGAGUGCUCAGAGGGUUUGGUGCAGUGUGACACUCACGCUACCUGUGUGAACUUACCUGGGUGGUAUCACUGCGAGUGUCGUGACGGUUACCAUGACAACGAGGUGUUCACCGCCAACGGAGAGUCAUGUAAAGACAUCGACGAGUGUCGCACGGGUCGCAGCACCUGCGCCAACGACACGGUGUGUUUCAACAUCGACGGUGGAUACGACUGUCGCUGUCCGCACGGACACAACUGCACCGGUGACUGUGUCCAUGACAACAAAGUGAAGCACAAUGGACAGAUCUGGGUGCUGGACAGUGACCGAUGCUCCGUCUGCUCGUGUCAGUCGGGUCGGGUCAUGUGCAGACGGAUGGUGUGUGACUGUGACAACCCGACCCUUGACCUGUUCUGCUGUCCGGAGUGUGACCCGAGACUCACGUCUCAAUGUUUACAUCAGAACGGACUGCUCACCUACUCCAGCGGAGACACCUGGAUCGAGAACUGCCAGCGCUGCCAGUGUCUGCAGGGUGAGGUUGACUGCUGGCCGUUGUCAUGCCCGCCGGCGGACUGUGACUUCACGCUGGUGCCCGAGGGCGAGUGCUGCCCACGCUGUGUUUCGGACCCGUGCCAGGCUCACUCUGUCCGCAAUGACAUCACCAAGACCUGCGAGGAUGAACACGGGAUCACACGCUUCAGCGGCUCCUCGUGGAUCAAAUACGGCACAGGGUGCACUCUGUGUCAAUGCAAGAUCGGACACAUCUGUUGCUCAGUGGAUCCCAUGUGUCUUUAGUCGCUUCUCUCUGGACUAACGGCACCUGUACAGUCUCGCACGGCCGACCCUUCCACGACCUCCCCGACCCUUCCGGAAUUAAUGCCAAAUACGAAACGUGACAACCGCGACCUCAUCGAGGCCAUUUCUGCACAAAGACUAUUAACUCAUCCGAAACACAACUGAACACACUGCUCACGCCGGCAUGACCACACUGGAUGUUUCUAGAAAACAUUCCUUCAUUUUGAUCUUUCACAGAAACGGAUGUAGAAAAUGUAGCUCGUACGUAAAUCUGAUCGUCUUUCUCUUUUGCCUGGUUAUCGAAGUCGAUGCUAAUUUGUGUUUCCACGGCACUUUUUACAAUUAGCUUUCCGUCUCUCUUUUUUGUCUAGAUUUUAAAUGAUGAUGAUUAUUAUUAUUAUUAUUAUUAUUAUUAUAUGGCUUGUACGUGUCUAAUGGUGAAUAAAAUCUCUCCA